AUGCUGCCGCUCCUGGCGAUCGGAUUCUUCGCGCCGCAGCGGCCGCUGCCGACCGCGGCUGCCGCGCGGCAGCGGGCGGCGGCCUCUCUCGUGCGCGCCUCCGCCGACAUGGCCGUCGACCGGCGCGUUGACUGCAUCGUCGUCGGCGCCGGCAUCUCGGGCUCGACGCUGGCGCACAACCUGCACCGCGGCGGCGCGGACGUGCUGCUCGCCGAGGCGCGCGACUACGUGGGUGGCAACGUCGUCUCGCACGAGGAGGACGGCUUCGUCUGGGAGGAUGGCCCAAACUCCUUUGCGACGCAGCCGUCGAUCGUCCGCAUCUCGCACGAGCUCGGCAUCGAGAAGGAGCUGGUGUUUGCGGACGAGUCGCUGCCGCCGUGGGUGAACCACGGCGGCAAGCUGCACCCGCUCCCCAAGGGCAAGGGCGGCAAGGGCCCAAAGGGCCAGCUCGAGCUCGUCUUUGGCUCCAACGGCGUCCUCAAGUUUGGGCUCUCUGGCAGCCUGCUGUCGUGGCCCGGUAAGAUCCGCGCGGCGAUCGGGGCGCUGGUUGGGCACGCGCCGCCGCCCGAGGGGAAGGAGGAGACCAUCCGCGAGUGGGUGACGCGCACCCUCGGCGAGGAGGUCUUCCUCCGCUGCAUCGACCCCUUUGUGUCGGGCGUGUACGCGGGCGACCCGAUGACGCUCUCGAUGUCCGCCGCGCUGUCCAAGAUCGCGCGCAUCGAGCGCUAUUCGUACGGGAUCGAGUGGAACAAGCUCGGCGCCAUCUUCUACGGCGGCCUCGCGCGCCAGGUCGAGCUGACGAAGGAGCGCAAGGCGAGCCCGCCCGACCCCGCCAAGGCGGGGGACCCCGGCCUCUCUACGCUGCCGCACGCGAUAGCGGCCGAGCUCGGCCAGCCGCACGGCGCGCCGCCCGACCCGGCCUCGCGCGCCGUCCGCGCGAGGACGGUCGUCUCGACACUCCCGGCGCACGCGCUGCGCGGCGUGAUCGACGAGGUCCUUCCCGGUGCGGCGCCGCUGACAGAGGCGCUGCGCGAGGGCAUCGGGCGCAAGGGGAUCUACUACCCGCCCGUCGCCGCCGUCACGGUCGCCUACCCGAAGAGCGCCUUCCGCGACGUCGAGCUCGACAACGGCUUCGGGCCGCUGCGAGACCUGCCCGGGUUUGGGUCGCUCAACCCGCGCUCUGAGGGCGUGCGCACGCUGGGCACGCUCUGGUCGUCCUCCCUCUUCCCCGGCCGCUGCCCGCCCGAGUACAACUUGCUGCUAAACUACAUCGGCGGCUCGCGCGACGCGCCGAUCGCGGAGCUCAGCGAGGAGGCCCCACACACCCCGCUCCACCCUCAAUACCCCGACCCUCUCCCUCCCCCUCCAGCAGAGGAGCUGGUUGCCGAGGUUGACCGCGGCUGCCGCGAGGUGCUGCUCAAGCCGGACGUGCUGCUCAAGCCGGACGCGCCGCCGCCAAAGGUGCUCAGCGCAAAGCUGUGGCCGACGGCCAUCCCGCAGUACGAGCUCGGCCACGCGCCUCUCAUCGAGGCGCUCGAGCGCGCAGAGGCCGACACGCCCGGCCUGUGGGUCUGCGGAAACUACCGCACCGGCGUCGCCUUCCCCGAUUGCGUCACCUUUGGCUACGAGCACGCGCAGACCGUGCUGCAGUACCUCGACGCCGAACGCGACGCGCCGGCCACCCCGCCGGCCGCGCCGGCGGCCACCCCGCCGCCCGCGCCGCCGUCCACGCCGCCCGCGCCGCCGCCGCCCGCGCCGCCCGCGCCGCCCCGCGUCAGGGUGGAGAGCUGGUUCGACACGGGCGUGCGGCUCGCGCGGCCGGCCGAGGCGGCGGAGGCGGCGGGGGUGGCCGAGGCGGCGGGGGCGGUGGGGGCGGCUGGGGACGCUCAUGACGGCGCUCACGAGUGGCCGAUGCUCGGCGGGAGCGCGGGCCCGCAUCGCAUGGCUGGCCGCAGGGCCUUGGCAGCACGCCGGUAGAGGGUGGCGCGUCUUGGCCCACAGCAGUCUCGCCGCCCGGAUCUCUCGCCAUUCCCCGCGCGGAGAGGUGCUCAGAGGAGAGCCGAGCAGCGAGAGAGGACGGGUUGGAGCUUGGAGGCUAGCUGGAGCUUGGCAUCCGUGUGCAAGGAGGCUGUAAGCGUCGCACGCAGCGCUUGUCUAUCUCGAUCGCACCCCCGAAGCCAUCGUGUACCAAAAGUAAAAUA